AUGCCACCCCAGAAGAUCCUCAUCUCAGGCGCCGGAAUAGCAGGCUCGGUGACCGCCUACUUUCUCGGCCGCGCUGGCUUCUCCGUCACCGUGCUCGAACGCAAUCCCGCCCUGCGCACCGCAGGCCAAGGAAUAGACAUGGAAGGACCCGCCAUACCGAUAAUACAGAAGAUGGGCGUGGAAGAACUGAUCAACGAAAAGACUACAAAAGAAAAAGGCGUUGCGUUUGUGGAUGAAAGCAAUAUAUCUUUUGCGACUUUCGAUGUUGGUGACAAGGGGACUGAUAUAGGUAAGAAUGGUUCUGGGCGAGUGUGGUUAUCAUUGGCUGACAAAAAGCAUACAGGAUUUACUUCUGCCAUCGAAAUCAUGCGAGGCGAUCUCUGCAACAUCUUCUACACAGCCGCAAAUGCAUUUCCCAAUGUCAAGUUCAUAUUCAACACCAGCAUAACCUCUGUGCAACGAACCUCCUCCUCAAUCACCAUAACCACUUCUGCAGGCAAACAAGAAACCUACGACAUACUCAUCGCAGCCGACGGUUUCCGCUCAAAAACCCGCCAACUCAUCCUCGAAACCAACGACUCAGAAGCCUUUAUCCAAUCGCAAAACUGUUGGGUAGCUUACUUUUCCAUCCCAAGGAAACCUCAAGAUUUUCCAAGGUCGCGUGGGUAUAAUGCCGUUGGGGGACGGUUCAUCAUGAUAAGGCCAAAAGACGAUCAAGUGAGUUCUGGAUACUUGGUCGUGAGUAAAGACGAGCCAAGCUUGCGUAAAGUGCAGAGAAAGAGUAUGGCAGAGCAAAAAGCAGCUCUGGCGGAACUCUUUGCAGAUGCUGGGUGGGAAGCCACAAGGGUGAUUGCCGGAAUGAAAGACACUGAAGAUUUCUAUUUGCAGGAUGUUGCCAAGAUCCAAUUGGGUGGAAGAGGGUGGUCGAAGGGACGAUGUGCGAUGGUGGGCGAUGCUGCGUAUUGCUCUUUUACAGGAACUGGAACCACGCUUGCGAUCCUGGGUGGUUAUAUGCUUGCUGGAGAAAUUUUGCAAUCGCCCGAUCAGCCAGAGGUUGCGUUCAAGGCUUAUGAGGAUAAGUUGGCUGGUUAUGUCAAGAAGGCGCAGAGUGCUCCGACAGGAGGUCCUCAGUUGUUUGUUCCACAAACGAGGCUUGGGGUUUGGAUGAUCCGAACUCUGUUCUGGCUUGUUUACUGGAGUGGCAUUACUCGUUGGGUUGGCGGGUUCAAGAUGCCCAAGUUCGAUUUGCCAGAGUAUCCUUUUGAUCGCAGGUCUGAGUAG